AUGCGAAAGUUUUGUCAUUUCAUGGCAAAUUGUUGGAACUCGGCAAGAUCUCACGCGACUUACGGUGCUGUCCCGUUAACACACAGCCAGGUUACCUCUGUUUACGCGACCGAUGGGGGCAAAGUGGAUGAGUUGGGUUUGCUUGAACUUGUGGAGGAACGAAUUUUCAGUUGGAAGUUAAAUAAGUGGGAGAUGCGCAUUCCUCCCAAUCUUCCGAACGAUCAAAAAGAAUUGAUCCGACAGGAGCAGGAAAACCUUAAGCAAAUUUUGUCCGGAUGGAGAAAGUGUUUCGGUGCCUUAAAUGCCGAUAUUUUGCAGAUUUCAUCUUUGACAGGGGUUCCGAAGGAAGUCGUGAGAGAAAAGAACAGGACGUGGCUGCAAGAAGAGGUAGCGAAAUUACGGUGGAUGGGCGAAGUGAAUAAGGCGGCAUUAUUGCGUGACGCGUUUAUGCGGUUGGAAGCAUUCGGAUCAAGGGACUUUAUGUUUAUGGAACGAUUAUGUUGCAUUUAUGGUUUGGCGCGGCAGGGGACAUUUGAUGAAGCGUUUACGAACUAUAUCACUGAGGAUCCAGUUACAAAUGAUAUUUUUGUGGAUGAGCGAAACCCCUUUAAGGAGCUAGUUGCUCAUAUUGUGAGAAAUUACAGUCAAAUUGACAUUAUUUAUGACUUCUUAGGUUUUAACUAUAGUGAGGGUUACCGCUCGUCACUAAGGCGAUACAUGGAGUAUUUACAAUGUAAAACGGCUGAAAAUGUAAGGGCCUCUGGGAGGUUGGUAACAGGUGACAAAGGGGAGCAUAACAUCCUGUUUGACUACUGUGUUAGCAGAGAGUCGCUGGUUUCUGGUGACAGCUGCCAGGGAAUAAUCGACUUUCUUUACAUCAAUGGAAAUGAUGUUACUCUUAUUAUUAUCGCUUCAGACAACCCGUGGUUGCGCAAUCGCCAGCUACCCCAUCGCAGGCAAAUGGAGGGUAUUGCAAGGCGCGUGUGCUUUGUUCUAGGUAUCCCACCUUCUGAGGUGCGGAUUAGGAACCUUCUUUUACCCCCAACGUAUCUUGAUAAGGGUUCCAUCGUUCGGUUGAAUGAUAUCGUAUUCCGUCUCUCAAAUGAGCAGUCGAAUUUGCUGAUACCGUGGUUGACAAAUUACAACAAAGAACUGGACCCUAAAGAUGUUGAUUACACGGCACUCGCGAAAACAACGAACGAGGAGGAAUGGCUCACUUUGUAA